CGGCCAUAUUGGUGAAUAUCAAAGGUAAAUAAGUGGGUGUAUCCCGAAUCUUCAACAUCAACUUCUUUUAGAUUGCUGUAUGAGGAUAUUUUUCUACUUUCUUUGCUGAGUGUAAAAGGAAUCGACGGAAGAGUGGUGUUUUCGUUUCAACUUUGAAAGAGUUGUCCUUUCAGACUAAUUACUGUACUUGUGAGAAAUUGGAGCUGUCCGAGAGGAUCAUGUGUUGAAGUUGGUGUGAUUCGUGUGUAUAUUCGUUGCAAUGUUUCUCCGAGUCUGAGAGAAAGGACUACAUUUGGACAAAAAAUAAAUAGAGAUUUUAUUGUUGUUGUUUUUUUUUUUACACUCUGAGAAACUUUGGGGCGUACUGAGUGCUUCCGAACUUGUGCGCAGUGACUGACUGUUGUGGCCCAGACACAAACAAUUGUUCGGCUUUUGACGAAGAAAGUAGUCAGGAGGGCCAGUGUUAUUUCUAAUUUGAUUCUUGUUACCUACUUUGCUGUACAUAUAUAACUGGACUGGACACGUCUGUUGGCUGGAUUUUAUUGUAUUGUUCUGCAUUCUUGGAGCUGUUCAAGACGCAGCGUUGUGACCACGGUCUCAAGUUUUCGUUGUGUUGACUGCACGUUUUGAGCGAGCGAGCAAGUUUCCCCCCCUCCCCCCCAUCACAGACAAAGACAAUGGCUUUGAAAGACGAGAACAGACAAACAGACAAUCCCAAUGACCAGGGAUGGAAAUCCAAGUUGAGAGUUCCCUCACCAGACAGAAGAAUCAGGACAUCGGACGUGACAAAUACCAAAGGCAAUGAGUUUGAAGACUUCUGCCUGGAGCGGAACUUGCUCAUGGGCAUCUUUGAGAAGGGCUGGGAGAAGCCAUCGCCCAUUCAGGAAGCCAGCAUCCCCAUCGCCCUCACCGGCCGCGACAUUUUGGCCCGGGCGAAGAACGGGACGGGGAAGACUGGAGCAUACGCCAUUCCUUGCUUAGAGAAAGUGGACACGACCAGAAACAUGGUUCAAGCGCUGAUCAUAGUACCUACUCGCGAGUUGGCCCUGCAGACAAGCCAGAUCUGCAUUGAGCUGAGCAAACACACAGGCUGCCGGUGCAUGGUCACCACAGGCGGGACCAACUUGAAAGAUGAUAUCAUGAGGCUCACUGAACCAGUGCAUGUGAUCAUUGCCACACCGGGGCGUAUCCUGGACUUGAUGAACAAAAACCUGGUCAAAAUCCAGAACUGUGGAGUUCUCAUCCUGGACGAGGCGGACAAGCUGCUGUCUCAGGACUUCAAGGGUAUGCUGGACAGCAUCAUUGGCCACCUCCCCAAGGACAGACAGAUCUUGCUCUACUCCGCCACAUUCCCCCUCACAGUGGAGGCCUUCAUGAAAAAGCACCUGAAGAACCCGUACGAGAUCAACCUGAUGGAGGAGCUGACCUUGAAGGGGGUCACCCAGUACUACGCCUUCGUGCAGGAGAAGCAGAAGGUGCACUGUCUCAACACACUCUUCUCCAAGCUACAAAUCAACCAGUCGAUCAUCUUCUGCAAGUUUUCCCUCCACAAGAUUGAACAAGAGCUGUGCACAGAGAUCAAGCCUAUCCCCAAAACCAUCGACCCGUGCCUGUACGUGGCUGAGGCUCAGCAGGUGGACGACUCGGACAUGGAAGAGUUCUACCGACAUCAGCAGCAGCAACAGCAGCUACAGCAGCGGGGAGGCGGCCACCAACAGACAGCCACGAGGGCACCGCCACCACCGCAUCAGCAACAGACUGUCGCUUAGAGGGAUGUACGGGUGGGGAAGUGUGCGCGCGGGGGGUUUGUAUAUUGGAUUGUUCAUGAUACUGUGUGUGUGAGAGAGAUGGGGGUGCUGUGUGUGUGAGAGAGAGAGAGAGUGUGUGUGUGUGCCUUUAUAUGCAAGUGAGAGAUUAUGUUUGAGAGGGACCGUGCUUCUGAUGUGGAAAAA